AUGUCCAUUAACGCUAAGGACUUUAUUCAUUUUCAAGUGCAUACCCUGGCACACCUUGUUGCCCUGCUGAUGCGACCACCCUCGGGGUUUCCACCGCCGGAGACUAAUUUAAUUGUCAUCGACUCAAUCUCGAACCUUUUUCCGUCUCAUUUCCCACUCCCAACAGAGCUCAAGGAAGAUCUUGCCGAGGGGAAGCUUGCGGACAAAGCUCAUUACCAAUGGCUUUCAAGCCGAAAAUCAAACGUCGCGAACGACCUCGGUGCUCAUCUCGCACGACUCGCUGCGAAGAAUAUUGCUGUGAUUGCUAUCAACCAAUUACAAACAAAAAUCAAGGAAGAACGGGAAGCCACCUUGUUACCGGUUAUCGCGGGUGGAGCAUGGGAGAAGACAGUACAGACGCGCCUUGCGGUCUAUCGGACCCUACCAGAUGAUAGGCUCGUGGAGAUCGAGAAGCUCUCAGGGAAGCUUGUGCCCGAACUGGAUGAGCUCGCUGUUGCCUUCCACAUCGAUUCGACUGGCGUCCGAGAGAGGGAAAGUCAUGUUCCUGUAUCCACGACGCCACCAUUCAAGUCUCCUGACUUUGAGUACUCUGACCCCCCUACACCGACCCCGUCGCCUCUGUCUUCAAUAUUGUCGUCUCCACCACCAUCCCUAGAACUCAACUCUCCCAAAUCCGAUACACCAGAUCCAGAACCCGCGGCUCAAGAUCCACUAGCACAAACACCUUCCCAUGGCCCCUCUCCCCAGUUACCCCCGAAGCCGGCAUCGCCACAGCAGGCUGCUCACACUCCAACCAAGAAACGCAAGGUGGAAGAGGUAGCCGACAGCCAGGAUGAAGACUCAGAAGAAGAGUCUCCCUGGACAGACGAGGCAACACUUAACACGAAUUUACCAUGA